AGAGCAAGAGGCAGAGGGGGAGAGAGGGAGAUCGGGAAAACAACAUUCAGCCCUCCUUUUGUCUGUCGAAAGAGAAAGUUUUGAUGCCGUUUUUGGAUCCGGCUCACUGCGGGGCUGUACAGUAAAGUUGUGGUUGCCAUGGAGAUGGAAUACAUCCGACUGGAGAGAUGACAUCCGCCACACCCCCUUCCACCCGCAGCUCGUCCCCUCAGAAAGUUUGCCACUCUCAGACGCAGACAGACGUUUUAAAACCCUUGCUGGGGGGUGGCUUAUCCGGCGGGGGUGGGAGUCUGAGGAAGAGGAGGAGAGUCCUGUCCAAAGAUGGGCGGAGCAACGUGCGCAUCGAGCACGUCAGCGGACGGAACGCCCUGUACAUGCGUGACCUCUGGACCACGUUUCUUGAGAUGCAGUGGCGCUACAAGUUCUUUUUAUUCACGGCCACAUUCGCAGGGACCUGGUUUCUGUUUGGGGUGCUCUGGUACCUGGUGGCGCUGGUGCACGGAGACCUGCUGGAGUUUGACCCUCCAUCAAACCACACGCCCUGUGUGAUGCAGAUGCAGACCCUAACAGGAGCGUUCCUCUUCUCCCUGGAGUCCCAGACCACCAUUGGUUACGGGUUUCGAUGCAUCACCGAGGAAUGUCCGGCUGCCAUAAUCCUCCUCAUAGUCCAGCUGGUCCUCACGAUGCUCAUGGAGAUCUUCAUCACUGGUACCUUUCUGGCCAAGGUUGCACGGCCAAAGAAGCGAGGUGAGACUGUGAAGUUUAGCCAGCAUGCUGUGGUGUCGACCUUCGAGGGACGACCCUGUCUGAUGAUCCGGGUGGCCAACAUGCGCAAGAGUCUUUUGCUUGGGUGUCAGGUGACUGGAAAACUGCUCCAGACGUCCCUGACCAAGGAAGGUGAGACGGUUCGCCUGGACCAGAGAAACGUGCCCUUUCAAGUGGACACUGCCAGCGACAGCCCCUUCCUCAUCCUGCCCCUCACCUUCUACCACAUCAUUGAUGACAACAGCCCCCUGCGAGCCUGGGCGGCAAAAGGUGGUGGCUGGACAGAUCCAGAAUUGGCCGACUUUGAGCUGCUAGUGAUCAUGAGUGCCACGGUGGAGCCAACCUCGGCCACCUGCCAGGUUCGCACCUCCUACCUGCCGGACGAGAUCCUAUGGGGCUAUGAGUUUCCUCCCGUGGUUUCCCUCUCCCCGUCAGGCAAAUACGUAGCGGACUUUGCCUUCUUUGACAAAGUGGCCAAGACCAGGUCCACCCCCAUUUUCAAACCAGCCAGCCCUCAGCAUGGGUACCAGAGCAACGGAGGCGGAACAGUGCCGGAGGUGUCCGACCCAGAGAAAAUUCGCUUGGAGCAGAGCUACAGGGAGCAGCGAGGGGAGGACCGUGGCCGAGUCAGGGACACUCCUCUCAGUGUCCGCAUCAGCAAUGUUUGAAAAGACAGUCUGCUCAAGAAGGGAAUUUUUCAUAGAAAGCAGCACAGGGAGAUUGUCAAGGUCCAUAUCAGCAGAAACAUAUCAGAACAGGUGGUCUUUUUAGACAAUUUUGAACUUUUAUCAGAUGAAUAUUAGGGACAAACAAAUAUGGAAGACUGUGGACUACUCAAGUUUGUCACUGCGUGUUCACUGCAAAGGCUGGACUGUAUUCAUAUGAUGGUAUAACGCACAGGCUAACUGCAUCUUCAUACGGCUGUGAGUGUGGUGAGAGCCCAUUGACCUUACACUACUAUACUAUUUACACAUUUUUCACUAAAAAAUAAUAGGUCAGAAUAUUUAUUUACACAGAAUAAACUGAAAAAUAAAACAUGACGUGGAAAGGAGAUGGAAACCUUUGUUGGCUCUUGAGGGAUUUCCAGAGAACUUAAAAUGCUUGGUUAGAAGAGUAUGAAGAGGUGUUAAGAACAGUAUGACAAUGUGAAUAGAAAACGCGCCCACCCAUUCAGAAUAGACCUCAGAAUACCUCAUCAAACAUUUACAUUUCUGCUUUACUUGAUCUGUCGGUGGUGGAAACCGGAAACAAAUAUGACUAAGACCUGUAUAGUCAAACACAUACUAAAUGUGUAACAUGUGCUUGUCGCAAGCACAUGGCUCAACUGGUUCUUCAGGUCAGCAGUCCUAAACUGACCCUGUUUGUACAUGUUUUAGUCAGAUACAGAUGGUUUGAAAGAGCAGAUUAGAGAAAGUGUCCGUCUAAUAAUGGAAAGCACCUCUCUCAGCAUAUGUCUAUUAAAGGUUUUCAGCCAUCCAAGUGAAGGUACAACCAUAGAAUGACAAACAAAACAUAUUUAAAUGACUUUCUUUUGAGCUACUGAAGAUGUUAUAGUCCAGUUGAACUUUACUUCAGUUUAUGUUUUGUCUGUACCUUGACUUGAAUGUCUGAGAACCUUCACAGACAUGUGUUUAGAGAAGACCUCAGAUGUUCUGAAGAAGAUAUUUGGUGGUGAAAUGUCCACAAGAAACCCAACAAUAUGCACUACUGGUCAAAAGUUUUAUAAGACUACAAUAUUGUCUCAUUUUACUCUGCAGUGAAAGCAUAGACCAAAUAAACAACUGAACUAUUUAACCCCAAAAUAUAUUCUAAACCUGGAACUCAUCAAGUAGCCAUCUUUGGCUGAUGUAAGAUGUGAACACACUUGUGACAUACUUUCUUUCUUGAACGGAAAUCAAAUAUUUUUCAGAGAUUUCUUCCUAAUGUUGUUGCAGAAGUUCCCAGAAGCGUGUGUCACUUCCUUUCACUCCUUUGCUUUCACUCUUCUGUCCAGUUCAUCACAAACCAGCUCCACGGGGUUAAAGAAUAUAGACUGGUCUGUUGAGACUGUUGAGGUAGUUCUGGUUUAGCUUGCACUAAAGUUUAGGGGCAUUAUCUUGCUGUAGGUUGAAGCCCUGACCAACUAUACCAGAGGAUACUGAUGCUGUUCUAAAACUUUUGACCGGUAGUGUACCUUCUCUGAGCAAGGAAAAUGGCCUACUUCUGCGGGACAUGGAUGGGGUGAGCUACGCUCGUAGCCGACACUGGUGCGAGUCAUCUAUACGCUCUGUUUCCUCUUCCUGAUUCACUUUCUAUUGGAUCUAGAAGCAGCCAAAAAGAGUGAGUCAGGAAAACGCCACUUCCAAGCCGACUAAUCCCAGUUUCCGCUAGGGUCUGCAUAGCCACAGUUCAUCCGGCAGCCAAAGAGGUUUCACCUUCAGUCCAGUCUCACCUGGAGUUUGGAGUUUCUCACCACUAAUGGGUCGUAGGAUAUCAGGAUGAUUAAUUGCAGGUGAGUGUUUGAGUAUUUGAUUACAGACCUUAGAAACAUUUGAGUUUCAAGGGGCCACCACCCACAGAUGUUCCAAAUCAAAAGCUAAACACUCCACCAGUUAGACGUGAAGGAGCUACUUGGAUGAUGGUGAAAUGUCUCAAAAUUCAUCCUGUUGCCUUUUGUUUUAGAUAUAUCGUGAUCUUCAUAGACACAUUGUUCUUCUGUGUACUGUAUCUCUUGAUGGUGUGGGUAUUUCAUGUUAUGUAUAGCUGUUAAAUGUUUCAUGAUGUUAGCACUUUAUGUGAGCACAUGUUGUACACCAGUACUUUAGGAAGGUAUGUGUAAAGUGUGUAAUACUGCUAAAGGUACUUAAACAAUGAAAAUCACUGGAUGUACAUGAACUAGAGCACUUUUUAAAACCGAUGAUUCCUUUCUAUAAAGCUAACUGUAACCUAAUUGUAAUAGUGUGUCUAUAUCUAAGUACAAUAAAUUCUGUCUGUGUUAUAAUGGUAUUCUUGAGGACCCAAAAGCUGGAGAUAGAUAAUAACCAGUUCUAGUGGAUAAUUUGUCAUUUAUAAAGUUGCAAGAUGGAGAUGUGUUUUGGUGGUUGAAGCUGAGUGUGAGUCAGGCUGGUGGCUGGUUGGUUAAACUGAACAGAUUUUGCUGUUGGUAGAGGUGGUUCGAUUCCUGUGGCGCCGAGAAACAAGUAAGUGAAAUUGCACUAAACAACAAUAAAUCACAGGGUGUGUUUGUUGAGGUUGUGGGUCCUCCCCUUUCCGUCACCCCUCUUCUGUUUAACAAGUGCACCUCCUGAUUUGUGGUGAUGAGCUGCACUUGUCCAUAACAUGGCAACAACUGUGAUUGGUGCAUGAGGGGGAGAAAACGUGGCAAAGUAUUACAGACCGCCUGAAUGCGUAAGUAUUGCACAAACACACUCACUACUCCGCUGAAACAUAACAGUUACAAUCCAAAUAGUUAAUUAACACCUCCGAAAACAUAGUUGAAACGGCUGAAACUGAAAGUCAAACUGACGGGAGAUGUGAGUGAUAGUAUAGAAAUGCAACUCCAUGUUUGCCCCUCAUGCCCCACACUCCUCUACUGUUUUAUUCACUAUAUGUAUUCAAUUGUUUGCGUGUGUGUGAAUGCUAAUUGUUCAUAUAUAUAUUAUGGCAGGAAAAAUAAAUUCAGGAAAUUAAUCUUUGAAUAUAUUGAAUGAAACCCUGAAUAUAUUGAAUGAAACUUUGAAUAUAUUGAAUGAACUUUGACUGAUGCCAUGAAGGCACUGCCACCAUCUUGCAUUUGUACCUGCAGCAAAAAUGAGUCAGUCAGCUUGGGAUUUGGUUGCGGUCGUUGUUAAUACCCUGGCGAAUGCUUUUGGCUUUAUGAAUGUUUACUUUUAUGUGCAAUGAAGCUAUGGUGACAAGGUAAUUUCCCUCGUGGAUCAUUAAAGUCUGUCUAAGUCUAUUGUUGUGGAUUCGCUGAUCGCGGCGAAUGUUAGCAUUAGUAUAUACAUUCAUUUUGCCAUUAACGCUAGCCGGAAGCUAACACAUAUUUGUAUAACAGUGUUUUCGGUAAAUAAAACUACUUUGUAAAGUUUGUUUGUCCAGUUUUACAGUUUUUAAAUACUCUAAGCGGAUCUGAGUCAGAGUUUUUCAGUAGUAGCGGGGGCAGAAUACAAAGUUUCAUUUAAUAUUGUAACAUCCAAACGGACGUUAAAGGAUGAGGCGAAGUGGUCAGAAAUAUUCUCUUUUAGUUGUCCGAUCAGAACUGGUUACUGUCGGCCGCGACCACGCCAAAAAACAAACAAACAAAAAAAACACAAACUUAUCUGACUGCCUUCACGUCUCCCUGACCCCCUUGCACACACUGUUAAAGUGACCUCACACUCACCCCUCCCCUACGCUUUAUAAUGCCCUAUGAAUGCACUCAUAAUAUUUUAUAAGGUGUCUGUAAAGCAUUAUAAUGGUCAUUAUUACCAUCUAUACAUAUAUACAUAUACAUAUUCUGUGUGCUGACUGAUCGCUUCUAAGUUAAUGGAACAUUACGUACAUAGGAAGUGUACACAGGAACUUCACCUAGAACGGGGUGUUACGUAGUUUAGUUCCUUGUUUUACGACGAUUUGUGAACCAUGUGUGCUUUUGUUACUUUUUUACUCCUAUUUUUUCUCCUAUUCACCAUAAUACAAGGGUCCAGUGCUGUGACUGAUGUGUUUGUGAAGAGAGGAGAUGAUGUACUUCUGGAAGUCAUGGAUGAUGCUCCAAAGAAAUUUCUGCUUCUUGUCUGGAAAUUUAAUACAAGCAAUGUUUUAGUAGGAUAUUCACUUAGUGGAGGAUCAACAGUCUCUGAAGGUUACACUGGAAGGGUUGAGUUCUCUGUGGGAAAUUACUCAGUGAAAUUAAAGAAUCUACAAGAUGCCGACAGUGGAGUUUAUACAGCACAAGUGACAGGAGCUGAACAACAACCAAUAGCUAAAUACAUGGUCACAGUUCAAGGUCCAGUGUCCCCAGUUGAUCUGAAUCCAGACUCUGUGUCCAGCAGCUCAGACUCCUGUAACCUCACUGUGACCUGCAGCACAGAGGACUCACACAUCAGCAGCACUUUCACAUGUGACAAUCAAACCUGCUCUCAGGAGGGAGGAGACCAAUCAAAGGUCACCAACUCUGGUGCUUCCCUCCGUGUCAACCUGUUGAAUGACACAAUCAUCUGUCACCAUAACAACCAAGUCAGCUGGACUCAGAAGAAUAUGACACAGAUUCAGGAUCUCUGUCUCCUACAUGCUGAUCCUGAAUAUUCCCGCAGUCAUAACAUUGCCAUUUUGAUAGGGAUACCUGUGGUACUUGUUGUCCUUGUAUUGCUUGUUAGAUAUUAUCGCCAUCGGAACAGUGGAAAAUAUGACAGACAGGACACAGAAAAUACAGUGUAUGCAGUUCCUGAGGUUGGAACCUCCCAAAAUCUGAAUCAGCGUUCAGCUGAUGGAGACUCAACUCUUUCUCCAACCUCCACCUACUGCUUGGUCGGGCCUCAUACUGGACCAGAAGGAUCCACUAAGACUAAAACCAACAUUCAGCCAGAGAGUCUGUAUGCAACGGUAGAUAAGGUUGCCAGCUCCUGAGAGAAAUCAUCAGGAUAUACAUCAUAUAUUCUACAUACUGGUGUUAACAUAAGCCUUGCCCUUACAUGAUCUGGGCUUCACAGAUUUGGACCAACAGUAGAAAUUAAAGUUAGACUGAUGCAUAAAACCAAAGCAAAGUGUAACAAACAGGAUCAUCACUGUAGUGAAGACCUUAUACAAUGCUUUACACAUUUCCACAAUACAAAAACAAUAUGUUGUGUUGACAAGAAUGUACUAAAUGAUUGUUCCACUUCAUAAGAUACUUGAAGUGAAGCUCAAAGCUGAAGUUACUGCUACCAAAGGAGAUUAUAUUUUAAUCAAAUCAUAUAUUAACACAUACAAGGAUUAAAUUCAAUUAUGUUGUGGUUUGUAGGCAGAUUUUAACGUGUAGUUGUGUUGAAUAGUUCCAUUUCACAUUCAAGCACAUUCCUCAUAAACUUCAGAUAUCUGUUAAAUAAACUGAUCUAUACAUUUCAAAGAACAGAAAGAAUGAAGGAAUACGUUGUAAACACAACAAAAUGAUGAUCCUGAAUUGUUUAGAAAUGAAUUUACAGUAAAUGAAUGUGGGCUUGAAGCCAGUGCACUGUAAGAUAGCAGUAUCCUGCAGUAUUUACAUUUCAUGUUUUAUAUAUUUUCAUUGUAUUUAAAAUAUUCAGUGUUUGUGUGUGUCAGUUUAUUUCACAGCUAAUUCUACUGCUGCAAAAGAACAUAUAGGACACAGAACAGUCAGCACAUGCUGUUUUGUACAGGUUUAUUUUGAUGGUUGGAUUAAGUGACAUGUGGAUGUGAUAUAUUACUAUAUGUCACUAUAUUCCGUAUUUGUUAUGUUUAUUUUAUUUUAUUUUAUUUUUUGACUUUUUUUUUUUAAAGAUACUUGAAGUUUAGGUCACAGCUAACAUGACUGCAGUUAAGGAAUACUGUACAAACCUAUUUUUCUAAAGAGUAGUGUCAUGAUUAUGUCUGUGUCAUGUUUUGAGGUUCCUGUUUUUUUAUUUUGUUAAGUUUUUUUGAUGUCCUGUCUGUUGUGCAUCCUCAUGUGUCCCUUGAUUGCUUAUUGGUUUCUCCCCAUGUGAUUGCCCUGAUUUGUCUCACCUGUGUCUUGUCAUCCCUCUGCCCGUGUGUAUUUAUAGCCCUGCUUGGUCCCUGUCGUGUCCUUGUGUUACUUCCAUGUCAUGCGUUCGUCCCCAUAGUCCUUUGGUUUUUGUCCUGUUUUCUUGCCAUGUUCAUAUUCUAGUUUUUCUUUUUGUCUUUUACCAUCCUGCCACCACUGCCGCACCUUCUGUUGGAGUUUUGUUUAUUAUUAAAAAUACCUUUUUUCCUCAA